AUGGCCGCAACAUACGGAAACCAUUCCACUACGGACGAUGUUCUCGCUCUCCUCCCAAAUAGCCAGGAGUUCCUUCUCAGCCGCCCAUACACCGAUGUCGAGUCCCGGGGUGUUCUGGUUCUCGUGAUUGUAUCAUCCCUCUCUGCGACCGCAGUCGCCGGCCUACUGGCAGCCAUAGCAAUUUCUGCAUGGAACACUCGCAAGUCCUCCUCCUCUCACCUGUUCGUGAGAAGUCACGUCGCUGCGUACUUCAUCUCUCUUCUCCUCUGCGAAGUUGCACAGACCGUGGGCUCGAUCAUGAGCAUCCGUUGGGUCACGCUCCAUGCAGUGUCAUAUGAGCCCUACUGCACCGUGCAAGGCGUCGUGAAACACAUUGCCGACGUUGGAACGGCAUUCUGGUCAUUCAUCAUCGCGUUGAACACGUUCUGGAUCCUGUUUUUGCAGUGGAAGCUCAAACGUCACGUUCUCAUCGUAGCCAUGCUUGGUACAUGGGCUGCUAUUGGCGCUAUUGUUACAACAGGCCCAGGCGCACUCCAGAGGUCUGAGACAGGUCCCUUUUAUGCCAUCUCAGGCUAUUGGUGCUGGAUAGCAGACGGGUAUCCCACUUCACGUAUCACGCUUGACUACAUGUUUAUGUUCCUAUCCUCGGUACUCUGCUUCAUCAUGUACAUCCUUGUCUUCCUGAAGCUUCGCGGCAACGUAGUUGUGAAUGGCUGGCGCAUCAGGGUCAGGCUUCAAUCUCGUGAUGAGGCCGACAGUAUCAAGUACACGGACACCCACGUUAUCAACAUAGCCAAAGGGAUGCUCAUGUACCCAGUCGCAUACACGAUCCUGCUGCUCCCGAUCGCCGUCUGUCGGUUUGCGGAAUGGAGCGGUCACGAAGUACCUUUCUCUGCAACGAUCGCCAGCGAUGCUAUCUUCUUGCUGUCUGGAUUUGUCAACGUUAUCCUGUUCAUCACCACCCGUCGCGUUCUGCCCAUUCACAGCGUGGUUCCACGUCGCUUCAGUCGAAUUUUCCGUGGGUCCCUCAUGGUCAAACCCCGGUCAAGCACAUACGCCACUAGCUCGGGCACCUAUCCUGCUUCAGUCACUUCAGACAUGGACCCUGAGAAAUCGGCCGGCACGAUCAUUUCGUACAACGACGCAGUAACGCGCCCUGACGCGCCCUUGGCUGCUCUCGCAAGCGCAGCACCCACGCCCUACACCUAUUCUUAUCCCUCCGCGAAUGUUGUACACCCCUACUCUGCGACAAGUCCAUCAUUCACAGUCGGUUCUGCGCGAUCGGAGAAGUACGACGAUGUCUCGCUCAAUAGCGCGCCUGCGCGUCCUGGAGCUGUUCCGGCGCCAUACCGCGGAGCUCGCGAAGACCUCGACCAUGCCCCUCUGGAUCACGGGUUCGCCGCCGAGGACAACUCCGACGCUGAAUCUUUCACUACCACCCGAGAGCGCUCCGCCUACCGAGCCUCCGCACAGACUCUCGGCACACAGCUGGACAGCAUUCACUCCGAAAUCGACUCGACGAUAGACAUUCUGUCUACCUGCCCCGCCUUCCUGAACAUCUCCGCAACCCCCGCGCCCUCUGCACGUCGUUCCCUUCACACCUCCGCCCCAGCCAUGUCUGACCCCAGCAAGAGCAAGUCCGAGAGCGAGUGGCGCGCGGUGCUCACUCCCCAGCAGGUGAGCCUCCCGCGCCCUCACGGCGUGGCGAUCCGCGGCGCUGAUCACGCCGUCCCGUCUCCCCGCUGCCGCCUGUCUCCGCGCCCCCGCGCAUGCGCGCGCGAGCAGUUCCGCAUCCUGCGCGAGAAGGGAACCGAGCCCGCGGGGACGGGCGAGUACGACAAGCACUACGAGGAGGGCGUGUACGCGUGCGCGGGCUGCAACGCGCCGCUCUACAAGAGCGCGACCAAGUUCAAGAGCGGCUGCGGCUGGCCGGCGUUCUUCGAUGCCAUUCCGGGCGCGGUGAACCGCCACGAGGACCAGUCGUUGUUCGUGACGCGCACGGAGAUCACCUGCGCGGCGUGCGGAGGGCACUUGGGGCACGUCUUCAAGGGAGAGGGUUUCAAGACCCCAGUGACCGACGAGAGGCACUGCGUGAACUCCAUCUCACUCAACUUCGUGGAAGAGAAUAACUGA